AUACCCAGCAGCAUGGCCAUGGACGCCCUCUCCUUCCAGGAAUACAUCUGCUCCCUGGACUCCACCACCCUGCCCCGCAUCCUCAGGAUUUGCUCUGGUGUCUACUUCCAAGGGUCCGUGUAUGAGAUCUCAGGCAAUGAAUGCUGCUUGUCAACGGGUGACCUGCUGAAAGUCACAGCUGUGGAGCUGCUGAAGGUUGUUUGUGAGGACAUGGAGACCGGGCAGACAACGGAGCUGCCACCGACGUUUAAGGGUCUUUUCCAGCCUGCCCCAGCCCCAGGGCCAUCCCCGGCAUCACGGGGACCCUUCCCGGAGGGCAGGAGGCAGCGGGGUCUGACGCUGCACCAGGUGCUGGGGCGAAGGGAGAGGUGGCCACAGCCCCUGCUGUGCCCCACCAUCAGCCCCCACGCCCUGCUCCUGCGCCCCAUCUACGAGGUGCACGCCAUCAUGCACCUGCGCCGGGACGUGGUGAAGGUCCCCUCCACGCUGGAGGUGGAAGUGGAGGAUGUCACGGAGGCGGCGCGGCACACCCGCUUCGCCCGGCCGCUGCUGCUGAGCGAGGUGCUGGCGAUGGAGGACGCGCUGCCGGCCCGGGCCCAGGUCCUGGACGCUCCGGCCGGUCCCGCCGUCUUCGGGAGCACCUGGGAGCGGCGGCUGCGGCGGGGGCAGCGGCUGCUGCUCCACGGCCGCUCCCGCGCCUGGCGGGUCCUGGCCUCGGCCCCCGGCACCGGCCGCCAUUUCCUGCUGUCCAGCGCCUACCGGGGCCGGUUCCGGCAGCGGCCCCGGCAGUUCGCGGGGGUGCGGGAGCUGGCGGCCGCCCUGCAGCCCGGCCGGCGGCUGCGCGUCGUGACGACGCGGGACUGCGAGGGCCGCGGGCGGGACGUGCCCCCGCUCGGCGUGGGAGACCGGCUGGAGGCGCGGGGGCUGCGGGGGAACGGCCCCGGCGCCCGGCUGCUCUGCCGCCGCCUCAGCGGGGGGCAGCAGGAGGAGGAGGAGGAGGAGGAGGAGGAAGGAGAGGAGCUGCUGCUGCCGCUGGACCUGGGCGGCGGGUUCGUGGAGGAGGCGUGCGACAGCAAGAAGUACGGGCUGGCGGAGCUGCUGGAGCGGCGGGCGCUGCCCUGCGAGGUGCGGGUGGCCGCCCCCGACCCGGCGCUGGAGCGGGACGCGCUGGGCUCCCUGCCCGCCCUGCGGCUGCAGGCCCGGCUGGACCAGCCCUUCCUGGUGGGCAGCUUCUGCGAGGAGCCGGGGGAGGGCUUCGAGAUCCCGCCGCGCUGGCUGGACUUCUCGCUGCUGCUGAGCGAAGAGCCCGUCCGCCCCCCGGCCCCCUGCACCCGCCGCUCCCGGGUGGAAGAGCUGACCGAGACUUUCUACUACCGGCUGCUGGCCCAGCUGCCCGGCGGCGCGGCCCCGCCGCCCCCGCGACCCCCCAAACCGGCGCAGGCAGGGACCGGCCCCGGGGAGAGGCACCCCUCGGCCCCCCGCCCCCCGCCGCCGAGCGCCCGCCCGGCUCCGCCGCUCCCGGCCCUGCCUCGACCCGCCAGCCCCAGCCCGUGUCGCCGGCGGGGACCCCCCGGGGAUGCAGGCACAGAGAGCAGCAGCGCUGAACAUGAUUACGAAACCGUUGAUGGCAACAUUCAAAAGACAAUUCGCAAAAUGCAGGCAAUUUUUCCUUUCUAGUCCUCUGGUUUCUGGAAGCCAGCCAGCCUCCAAAUACUCUAUGACACUGGUUAAUUCCAGAGGCUAAAUACAGCCUUGGGGAUCCACAGCGCAACCUCCAACUGCCUUGAUCCUGCAGAAAGGUACCCACUUUCCUCAAAGGCAAACAGCUCGCAUGCCAUCAGGACAGACCCAGGCACAGAAUAAAUCCCCUUUGUUGUGCCGUGGGCUGUGUCCUCAGAUGUCACCCAUGGGUCUCUAUGACAGCACCAGACCAGCACACAGCUGGGCAGCCACCACGAUGCCACUGAGAUGCCAGCCCCGGGCCCUGAGACACAGAUCUCACUCUGUUCCACUGCAUUACCACAGUGUCUGGGCUGGGAUUACAGAUGCUUCCAGCCAGAGACACUUUGGGACCAGCAUGUCCAGACACUGUUGGACAUGUGGGGUGGGAUGGGGUUCGGAGGAGACAUGACAACGUACUUCACCCGGUGCCAUUAAGCCCCAACUAGGACUCAAACCACUGAGUAACACGUUUUUACAGUUGCAUGUCAGAAUGUAGAAGCUGCUUCUUUUUUUUUUUUUUUCCUUUUCUUCAAGUACAGCCAAACACGCUGCUCACUCUGACCUAAUUUCUCACCAAGGUUGUAGAAACAUUGUAAAAAUGUUGUGGCUUUAGGUUUUGCUGGUUUUCUCAUCCAUUUUUAACUGUCCUUUCAACUGGAAGCAACAUCUGUCCCAGACCUCCAUGGUCCCCUCCUGCUUGCGAGUGUGCUUGUCACACUCUUGCAGCUUCUUGGCACUGCACUCACAGCAUUGGAUGGCAAAAAUAAUCUGAAAACCAAGUAAGGACCAAAGUUCAACUCUUCUUUUCCUGGAAGUCUAGCAAAACCUCAGACAAAGACCUCAUAGUCCUGAUGUACAUGAAGGGAAAAGAGCUGAUGAGGGGAGAACUUCACACUGAAAGCAAGCAGGUGUUUCACUCCUGCAUCACAUACUGCACUUCUCUCAAAUCAGAGCUGGAAAAUAAACUUUAAAUUUCAUUUAAGAUCAAA